GUAUAAAAUAGCAAGCUGUGAAGUACACAUCACACAAGGAACAAGUCCUACCGAGCGCAUACCUUAAGGUGCGGUAAAAGUUUAGGUUAACGUAAAUUAGUGAGCAGUUUAUUAAUAUUUGAAUACUGACGUUGACUCUUUCUUGGUGACUUGAGCACCAUGGGUCCAGUUGUGGUGCUUGUCGCGAUGCUGUGCAUCACCUCAGUCGCAGCCCAAAGUACCACUGAGGAACCAUUGACAGUGGACGCCGUCAUCGACCAGCUUAAAGAUAUGGUGAAAGAAUUCGUUCCUGACAAAGUAAAGGCCGAAAUGUUGGUUGAGAAGAUUGAGAGCACUCGUGUGUGCUUUAACAUGACCGAAGGAAUAAGAGACGAGAUAGUGAAGAAGCUCAUUGGAAGUAUGGUCCCGAGCAUGACCGAAUGUGCCAAAAGGACCAAGGACAUAGCGAACCCUGUAGAAAAGCAAUCUGCAGUGAAAGAGUGCUUCGCAGAGCAAGCACGGCAAUUUAUGGAAUCAAAUGGAAUGACACAAGAUGAAAUCGCCAUCUUUGCCAAAAUGGGAAAAUGCAUCAAAGAAAAUGCUCAGUUGUGAAUCCGGGUGGACUUCGAAGAAGCUGUUGGUUCAAAUCGCACGGCCGACACUGACCUGUGCUUUGUUGAAUGCGAGUGCUCCACGCUGUCAAGACAAAAUAAAAAAAAAGACGAA